AUGCCCUCCACAACAACCCUCCUCGCCCUCCUCGCCACCUCCCUCUCCGUCUGCGCAAAGACGUACAAUGCCACCCUCGAUCCCUGGAAUAUCAACAAGAACCAGGAUGCCACCGACGUGAUGGACUACACGACCACGCGGUCAAACACGACCUACACGCCUUCACCAGAAAACUGGCGGACACUACCAUGUUAUACCCUUCUGCUCGACAAGUGGGCAGACGGGGAUCCCUCCAACAAUGACUUUUUCGGCAUGAAGUACGAGUACGACAUGCACGAGACCCAGUUGCGCGCGGGAGGUGACGCCAAGGGUCUGAUGUCGGACAGGAGUCUCGAUUAUCUACAUAGUAUUGGUUAUCGGUCGAUUUACAUUGCUGGUACAAACUUUUUGAACAUGCCCUGGCAAUCAGACGGUUACUCUGCUAUCGAUUUCACCCUUCUGGACCCGCACUACGGUACCUUGCAAGACUGGAUAGACUUGAUCGACCGGAUCCACGCCAAGGACAUGUAUAUCAUUCUGGAUUUCACUGUCGGUACGAUGGGUGACUUGAUCGGUUUCGAAAACUACUUGAAUGUUUCCACCCCGUUCUCCCUCGAUGAGCACCAUGCCGAGUGGAAGCUGCCAGACUAUGCUCCAUGGGGAUUCCAGCAUUAUCCCGAUUUCAACUUUACAAACACUUAUAACGACUCGUGUACCUACCCCACCUUCUGGCUGGACGACGGUACCAUCUACAACCCAGGCAAGACGGGAUGUUAUGGAAGUGACUUUGAUCAGUAUGGAGAUAUCGAGGCUUUCGGUGUUUUCCCCGAUUGGGAACGUCAGUUGGCCAAGUUUGCCUCUGUGCAAGAUCGUCUCCGAGAAUGGCGUCCCCAGACCGCUGCCAAGAUCAAGCAGUUCUCCUGCCUCACCAUCCAAGCCCUCGACGUCGACGGUAUCCGUAUCGACAAGGCUACGCAGGUGACUGUCGACUUUAUGGCCGAUUGGGCCAACCAUACCCGAGCUUGUGCGGUCGAAUACGGCAAAGACAACUUUUUCAUUCCUGGAGAAAUCACUGGUGGUGACACUUUUGGUGCCCUGUACAUCGGUCGAGGUCGUACCCCCACUCUCCGUCCCUCCGACAAGGCUACCGCGAUCAACCUGACUCAGGAUGCUGAGGGUUACUUUUUGCGUGACGAGGGUAUCGCCGGUCUCGACUCUGCCGCCUUCCACUACUCGAUCUAUCGAUCUCUCUGUCGAUUCCUCGGUAUGGACGGUAACCUCCAGGUAGCCUACGAUGUCGACACCAACUUUGUCACUGCUUGGAACGAGAUGGCCGUCAAUGACGAGCUUCUCAAUUCGCAGACCAACAUGUUUGACCCGCGACACAUGUACGGGACGGGUAACCAGGAUGUCUUCCGAUGGCCUGGUUUGACGAACGGUACCGAGAGGCAGCAGUUGGGGCAGUUUAUCAACAACUUGGUGAUGCCCGGUAUUCCUCUCGGUUGGUACGGUGAAGAGCAGGCCUUCUACUUGCUCGACAACUCUGCCAACAACUAUCUCUAUGGCCGUCAAGCGAUGGUCUCUUCCCAAGCUUGGAAGCGUCACGGUUGUUACCGAAUGGGUUCCAGUCAGUACUACAACAUGCCUUACGACAAAGUCUUGACUGGUUGUGACGACCCUUGGAACGCGUUGGAUCACUUUGAUCCUACCGCCGAGCCUUUGAGGUCUAUCCGAAACAUGCUCUACCUCCGUACCCAAUUCCCCUCUCUCCAAGACGGUUUCGACCUCGUCACCCUUGGUAACUGGACACACUUUAUCCAGCUCCCUGGUUCCAACGGGACUGACACCGAGCUGGGUCUUUGGUCUACCAAGCGUCUUCCCGUCUCUGCUCAGGAGGGUACAGCCCCCUUUGAGCGCAACGGGACCAUCUCCCAGGUCGUGUGGCUUCUCUACACGAACGAGAAUGACACUGUCACGUACGACUAUGACUGCGGGGGCGACGACUGGAUGUCUUCGCCUUACCAGGCCAACAUCACUGUCCGAAACUUGUUCUACCCCUACGAGAGCUAUACGCUUCAAAAUUCGUCCGAUUCAUUCUACGACAACGACCUCGCUCCUUACACGGGUUGUUUGAAUAACGUGACGAUGGACCCGUUCAUGUACAAGGCGCUCGUUCCCCAAGACCAAUGGGUUCCUCAGCCUCCUACCAUGACCAAGUUUACCCCCGGUCACGACUUCCGAUACACCACCACUGGCGGUACGAAUGAUAUCCCCAUCACGAUCGAGUACGAUGUCGAUAUGGACUGUGACAGUGUCACCAACGCCAUGACGCUCAACUAUACUACCGACUCUGGCUCGCCGAGCUUGGAAAACACCAACUGUAUCAGUAUCGAUCAAGCGGACUGGGAGGCGCCUUCUAUUCCCUCUGUGGCGCCUGGCCGAUGGAGGUGGGAGGGUACUUUGAGGGAUGCGACGGAUGGUGUGUAUGAGAUUGUCAUUGCGAGUGUGGACUCGCAGACGCCUGGUGUUUCUACCAACUCUGUCAACCAUCUUCUCUUGAGGGUCGGUCAGGUCAACAACCCCAUCGUCUUCCCCGACAAUGACUAUGCCGAUGGUAUCCUCUCUGUCAGCGACGGUACCUAUACUCUUACCAACACUGCCCCGGGUGCCACCAGCUUCCGAUACAGCGGUGACUUUGGACAGACUUGGGCGCCUUGGCAGGACUAUGAGACUACCGUCACCCUCAACUCUACCUACUUUGAGGACGACACUCAUUGGUGGGACGGCCAGCACGUCAACGUGCAGUACCAUAGUGCUCUUGCCAUCUCGUCCAACCAUGAAGUCCACGCCGACGCUAAUUGGUCUGGAGGUGAGAGGCGAUGGCCCCAGAUCUUGGCGCGAGGUUCUUUCAACAACUGGGGUUAUGACCUCGGUGCUUCGGCUUCGUUCGCGUUGACCGGUAACGGUACUUGGGAGUUUGACAUGUCUGCUGCCUGGCCGGCGUUCAUCCAGCUCAACAUCUGGGCAUACGACGAUUACUUUUAUGGUGAUGUCGACUCGGAUGGUAUCAUUGACCGAUUCCCUCCCAACUCUCAGACUGCCAACUAUCUCAACAUGUCUAUUCCUCCUACGCCUCAUCUUGCGUGGAACAUCAAGGUCGACGAUGCCACUCACGAGUGGAGCGUUGAACCUAUUGGUCACCAGACUACUACGGCUGUCGCCUUUGCGCUCUUCCUCGUCAUCCCUGCACUGACCGCUCUUGCGGCCGCGGCCAUCUUCCGAUACUCUUUCUACUCUAUCAAGGUCAACAGGUGGGGUCUCAAACCCUCCAAGGCGGCCAAGGAGACCUCCUACUUCCCCAUUGUGGGCGGCCAUGGUGAAAAGAAGGGUGAUGUGAACGAGAAGGGUGGUGUCAUGGCUUUGACGGAGAAGAGCAGUAAGGGCCCUGCCAAGCUCAUUGGCUGGCCCGAAGACCCCAACAAGCGUAGAAAGGUCAUGAUUGCUACUCUCGAGUACGAGAUCAUCGAUUGGAAGCUAAAGGUCAAGAUUGGUGGUUUGGGUGUCAUGUCUUCCCUGAUGGGUAAGGCUAUGACGGAUGUCGACUUGUUCUGGGUCGUGCCCAAGGUUCAGGAUAUCGAGUACCCCCAGGGUGACUAUGCCGAGCCUAUCGAGGUCAUCAUCUUUGGCGAGCCGUACUUGAUCGAGGUCGAGACCCACAAGCUAGACAACAUUACCUACAUCAUCCUCGACUCUCCCGUCUUCCGAGCUCAGACCAAGGCCGACCCCUACCCUCAGCGAAUGGACGACUUGUCGUCUGCCAUCUUCUACUCUACUUGGAACCAGGCUAUUGCCGAGGCCAUUAGGCGAAACCCCAUCAUCGACAUUUACCACAUCAACGACUACCACGGUGCUCUUGCUCCUCUCUACCUCUUGCCUCAGGUCAUUCCUACGUGUUUGUCUUUGCACAAUGCCGAGUUCCAGGGUCUUUGGCCUUUGAGAACCAAGGACGAAAUGAAGGAAGUCUGCGCUGCUUUCAACAUCCCCAAGGAGAUUUGUAGCAAGUACGUGCAGUUUGGUAACACUUUCAACUUGCUUCACGCCGGUGCUUCCUUCAUCUCGCACCACCAAAAGUCUAUUGGUGUUGCUGGUGUGUCCGACAAGUACGGCAAGAGGUCUUGGGCUCGUUACCCUGCCCUCUGGACUUUGCGAAACAUUGACUCUCUUCCCAACCCCGAUCCUACCGAUAUCGCCGCCCUCGACGAGCAGCCUAUUGCCGUCGACAAGAUUACCGUCGACACAGACGCCGAGUCCAAGCGACCCGAAGACAAGCGAUUGGCGCAAGAAUGGGCUGGUAUCAAGCAAGACCCCAACGCAGACUUGUUUGUCUUUGUCGGUCGUUGGUCCAAGCAGAAGGGUGUCGAUCUUAUCGCCGAUGUCAUGCCCAGCUUGCUCGACAAGAAGCCUCAGAUUCAACUCAUCUGUGUUGGUCCCGUCAUUGAUCUUUACGGGCGAUUUGCUGCCGAAAAGCUUGCGAGGUUGAUGGAGAUGUACCCGGACAGAGUCUUCUCCAAGCCCGAGUUUACUUCUCUUCCUCCCUACUUGUUCAGUGGUGCCGACUUUGCUCUUAUUCCGUCUCGAGACGAGCCUUUCGGUUUGGUCGCUGUCGAAUUCGGUAGAAAGGGUGCUUUGGGUGUUGGUGCUCGUCUUGGUGGUCUUGGUUUGAUGCCUGGUUGGUGGUUCCCCGUCGAGUCUAGUGCUACCGUGCACAUGCUCUCUCAGUUGACAAAGACUAUCAAGUUGGCCUUGAAAUCUACUCAGGACGAGCGUGCCAUCCUCCGAGCUCGAUCUGCCGUUCAGCGUUUCCCCGUCGUCGAAUGGCGUCAGCGUCUCGAAGACUUCCAACGUCGAUCCAUCGUCGCUUCGCGAGGUGGCGCUGGCGAGCAAGCUUGGGGUUGGGACCAGGUUGACGUCGACCAGAACGCGGAAGGCUUCUACGCCAAUGGCGACAACGACUCUAGUACUUCUAUGGCGCGAGGCGAGUGGGCGAGGUCUGACACUCCCGACUCUACUGCUCCCAACUCGCCCAUGCCCGGACAGUCUCCUCUUGGCCAAGAAGGCCAGACCUACUACUUUGACCCCAACGCUCCCAUGGCCUCUUCCAACAACACUCUUGGUGCCGACUACCACAAACGCUUUGACAAGAAUGCCAACCGACAAUCUGCCGAGUCUUUCUAUGACGAAGACCCCAACGCUUCUCCUCUCUACUACAACGGUGACAAGAGAAAGUCUCAGGGCAAGCCCAAGUUCUUUGGUUACGAUGAGGAGGAUGCGCCUUCGUCUAUUGGUUCUUCUGAUCACGGUGACAGCACUGUUGUUGGUUCUGCUGGCGGCAACCGGGACUCUACUGUGGCUCAAUCUUACGACAAUUUCCUUGCUGCUGCCAACCGUCAAUUCGCAAAGAACACUGGCGGCAAGAAUGCUCCUGAUCCCUACUUUGACAGACGUGCUUCCGUUGCCUCUGCUGCUUCUGGUGACUCCAACUUUGCCCCUACUCGACCGUUCACUGCCCACUCCCGGGUUUCGUCUUUCGACUCUAUCUCUUCUAUUGUGGACGAGAAGAACGCGUCGCCGCUGAACAAGGCCAUGGACACCUUUACCGAUUCAGAUGGUGAAGUUGCUCAGAGCUUUGUGCAAAAGUUGAGAGACUUGAACUCUGGCAACUCCAAGGGUGACUUGUGUAUCGAAAAGUUCUUGAUUAAGAGCGAAAAGGCCUUCUUCGAUGAAGUUAAGAAGGACAAGAUUGCCAGUAUGAGUAUUCGAUCUCGUGAUUCAUUCAUCCAGUCUCGUGCUCCUAGCAUGAUUGAAGGCUUCCGUCCCGAAUUCCCGCACCGGGACUCUGAUACUUCAGCUCCCAUGUCUCAUUCCGGUCACAGUCAAGAAGAUCGAGCAAGCCAUUACGGCGGCGUACCCGGCAGCGCUGGGCAUGAGAUGUACGAAGAGGGUCACCCGCCUGAGGCUCAUAUGACUCGACUGCAAAUCUUUGUCGGUCGACAGAUCGCGGGAUGGCCCCUAUACUCUAUCAUCAUCUCUCUCGGUCAAUUGCUGUCUGCUACAUCCUUCCAAUUGAGUUUGCUCGGUGGUUCCAACACGCAAACGGAGACGGAUCUCUACAUCAUCUGUGCCAUCUUUGCCGUUGCCACUGUCGCUUGGUACACUCUUUUCAGGAUGAAGCCCUCCGUCUUCUGUCUGAGUCUUCCUUGGGCCAUCUUUGCUAUCGCCUUCUUGCUCAUCGGUUUCCCUUCGAUCCACGGAGUCUUCCUCGCGCCUCGAAAGACCAUUACUCGAGUCGCCACUUACCUCUACGCCAUUGCCUCUUCCGCUGGUUUCCUCUUCUUCGGUCUCAACUUUGGUGAAGAAGCUGGUGCCGCCACAGAGGUUUGGGUUCUCCGUGCUUGUAUCGUGCAAGGUCUCCAGCAGAUCUGGGUUUCGGCGCUUUGGUACUGGGGUUACACCCUUACCGGGCAAGACCCCACAAACUACGUGCCCUCUCGAGUCAUCAUCUACAUCACUUGGCCCCUUGCCGCCAUCUCUGCGGUCUUUGCCUACUGCAUGUGGUUCGGUUUGCCCGAAUACUACCGACAGAUCCCGCCUUACGUCCCCAACUUUUACAAAACUCUGUUGCGAAGGAAGUUGGUCAUUUGGUUCUUGAUCGCGGAGAUUCUCAGAGAUUACUGGUUGUCUGGACCUUACGGUCGAAACUGGCAAUAUCUCUGGGCUCAAGCGGACAUUCCCAAGUGGGCCGUGGUCGUCAUGAUCAUCAUCUUCUUCAUCGGUAUCUGGGGUCUCCUUCUCGGUAUCCUCAUCAAAUACUCGACGAUUCACUCCUGGCUGUUGCCCGUGUUCGCUAUCGGUCUCGUUGCCCCCAGAUGGUGUCAGAUGUGGUGGGGUACCUCCGGCAUGGGUCUUUACAUCCCUUGGGGUGGAGACGCCGGUCCCUACAUUGGUGUCGGUCUGUGGCUCUGGCUUGGUGUGCUCGACGCUAUUCAGGGUGUCGGGUUGGGUAUGAUUCUUUUGCAGACUCUGUCCAGAUUGCACGUCUGUGCUACCCUGGCUGGCGCUCAGUUCCUCGGUUCUUGCAUUGUCAUGCUUGCUCGUGGUACCGCGCCUGAUAAGGUCGGCCCCGGAAAGGUCUUCCCCAACAUCGCUAUCUGGGAUGUCACGGGAACCGGCAAUAACAUGCCCUUGGCGCAUUACGAAUUCUGGCUCUGUCUUGUCUGCCAGAUCAUAAUCGUCAUCGGCUACGCCUUCUUCUUCAGACGAGAGCAGUUGAGUAAGCCUUAA